AUGCCGCAGCGGUCCCCGUUCGCCAUCCAGGAGCUGCUGGGCCUGUCGGACCCGGAGGGCCCGCCGAGGAGCCCGUCAGGCGCAGGGGCGGUGUCACCCGUCACCCCCGGGGGCCCCGGCAACCCGCUGCGCGGCCCCCCGCACGGACCCGCGCACGGACCCGCGCCGCCGGGAUCCUUCCCGCCGCACAUGGCGCACCACCACCACAUGUCCGUGGCGGGGCACAUGUCCAGGAUGGCGUACCUCAACGCGCAGGCCGCGGUGGCAGCCGCCUUCCUUCCCCAGCACAUCAACAUGGCCCACGGCACCAUGGCCGCCAACCCCAUGGGGCUGCACCACCGAGCUGGUCUCGAAGCGCCUCCCCCAGGUUUCCCUCAACUGAAGUCACCCCCGUUCUCAACAGCGGGAUCAUGUUUACCAGGUUUAAGUCACCUCGACGGCAACAACAAGGAGUACGCCGCCGAGAACCUCAGCGGCUACGGCAAUGGCGGCGCGGGCGGCAAGACGAAGAAGAAGAAGCGGCGGCAUAGUCGGACCAUCUUCACCAGCUUCCAGCUGGAGGAGCUGGAGAAGGCCUUCAAGGAGGCGCACUACCCCGACGUCUACGCGCGAGAGCUGCUCUCGCUCAAGACGGACCUCCCCGAGGAUAGGAUACAGGUGUGGUUCCAGAACCGGCGAGCCAAGUGGCGGAAGACGGAGAAGUGCUGGGGCCGGUCCACCAUCAUGGCGGAGUACGGGCUGUACGGCGCCAUGGUGCGGCACUCACUGCCGCUGCCCGAGACCAUCCUCAAGUCCGCCAAGGAGAACGAGUGCGUGGCGCCCUGGCUACUCGGCAUGCACCGCAAGUCGAUCGAGGCCGCGGAGCACUUGAAGGACGACGGCAGCGACAAGGAGGGCGAGGAGGAGGACCACGACAAGGAGCAGCGCGCCGAGGGCUGCAAGGACGGCCCCGGGCCGCAGGGCCACGGCAUGCAGCCCGCCAUCAACAUGAACAGGGGGGACCCGGACGAGUUCCGGAACAACAGCAUCGCCUGCCUGCGCGCCAAGGCCCUGGAGCACAGCGCCAAGCUGCUGGGCAUGGCCUCCGCCGACGCGCUCCUCAUGACGUCCUCCCUGCUCGGCCGCCACGGCCAGAGCCUCGGCCCGCACCAGCAAGUGCUGCACGGCGCGCCCUGCGACGCCAACGCUAACUCGCUGCCGCACGGCCACCCCCUGGACCACCUCCACUCGGCGGCCGCCCACCUCCUGCACUACCCCCACCCCGACGCCCACCCCCACCCCCACCACGCCUUCUGGCACCAGCCCACCAAGCAGGAGGCCAGUCCCUGA